UGAAGGCACCAUGUCCUAUGCCCCCUUCCGAGAUGUGCGAGGAGCCCCCCUGCACCGUGCCCAGUACAUGCACUCCCCUUACGAUCGCCCCUGGAACCCCCGGUUCUGCAUCAUCUCUGGGAACCAACUGCUGAUGCUUGAUGAGGACGAGAUCCAUCCCCUGCUUCUCCGAGAACGCCAGAGGGAUCCUGCUCGGACCAAGCUUUUACGUCGAACCGUCAGCGUCCCUGUGGAGGGGCGGCCCCACCCUGAACACGAUUAUCACGCAGGCCGUUCCCGGCGGAAGAGUGUUCCUGGAGGGAAACAGUACAGCAUCAACAUGGACGCCCCACCAGCACCUCCCUUCCGCCCCUCGCAGGGAUUUCUGAGUCGGCGUUUGAAAAGUUCUAUCAAGCGGACCAAGAGCCAGCCGAAACUGGACCGCACAAGCAGCUUCCGCCAGAUGUUGCCUCGGUUCCGGAGUGCUGACCAUGACAGGGCCCGCCUCAUGCAGAGCUUCAAGGAGUCCCAUUCCCACGAGUCCCUGCUCAGCCCCAGCAGCGCUGCCGAAGCCUUGGAGCUAAACCUAGACGAGGACUCCAUCAUCAAGCCCGUCCACAGCAGCAUCUUGGGCCAGGAGUUCUGCUUUGAGGUCACCACCUCUUCUGGCACCAAAUGCUUUGCCUGUCGAUCGGCCGCUGAACGGGACAAAUGGAUUGAGAAUUUGCAGAGAGCAGUGAAGCCUAACAAGGAUAACAGCCGGCGGGUGGACAACGUGCUGAAGCUGUGGAUCAUAGAGGCCCGAGACUUGCCCCCCAAAAAGCGCUACUACUGCGAGCUGUGCCUGGACGAUAUGCUGUACGCGCGCACCACCAGCAAGAUGCGCACAGACAAUGUUUUCUGGGGGGAGCACUUUGAGUUCAACAACCUGCCUGCCGUGCGCACUAUCCGGCUGCACCUCUACAAGGACACGGACAAGAAGCGCAAGAAGGACAAGAGCAACUACGUGGGCAUGGUGAGCAUCCCCAUUGCCAGCGUGACGGGGCGCCACUUUGCCGAGCAGUGGUACCCCCUCAGCCAGCCCAGCGCCAGCAAAAGCAAGUCCGGCUGCCCGGCCGUCCGUGUCAAGAGCCGCUUCCAGACCAUGAGCAUCCUCCCCAUGGAGCUCUACAAGGAGUUCGCCGAGUACAUCACCAACAACUACCGCAUGCUGUGCGCGGUGCUGGAGCCCGUCCUCAGCGUCAAGAGCAAGGAGGAGGUGGCCUGCGCACUGGUGCACAUCCUGCAGAGCACGGGGAAGGCGAAGGACUUCCUGUCUGACAUGGCCAUGACGGAGGUGGACCGCUUCAUGGACCGGGAGCACCUGAUUUUCCGGGAGAACACCCUGGCCACGAAAGCCAUAGAGGAGUAUCUCAAACUGAUUGGACAAAAAUACCUCAAGGAUGCCAUUGGUGAGUUCAUCCGGGCUUUGUACGAGUCAGAGGAGAACUGCGAGGUGGACCCCAUGAAGUGUUCGGCCUCCACCUUGGCGGACCACCAGGCCAACCUUCGCAUGUGCUGCGAACUGGCCCUCUGCAAAGUGGUCAACUCCCACUGCGUGUUCCCUCGCGAGCUGAAGGAGGUGUUUGCCUCCUGGCGUCUGCGCUGUGCAGAGCGGGGCCGGGAGGACAUCGCCGACCGCCUGAUCAGUGCCUCUCUCUUCCUGCGCUUUCUGUGCCCAGCCGUCAUGUCCCCCAGCCUCUUCGGGCUCAUGCAGGAGUACCCCGACGAGCAGACGUCUCGCACGCUCACCCUCAUUGCCAAGGUCAUCCAGAACCUAGCCAACUUCUCCAAGUUCGGCAGCAAGGAGGAGUACAUGGCCUUCAUGAACGAGUUCCUAGAACUGGAGUGGGCCAGCAUGCAGCAGUUUCUGUACGAGAUCUCCAACCUGGACACGCUCACCAACAGCACCAGCUUCGAGGGCUAUAUCGACCUGGGCCGUGAGCUCUCCGCGCUGCACGCCUUGCUAUGGGAGGUCAUGCCCCAGCUCAGCAAGGAAGCCCUAAUCAAGCUUGGUCCCCUGCCCCGCCUCCUCAAUGACAUCAGCCUCGCUCUCAGGAACCCCCACGUCCAGCGGCAGCCCAGCCACCAGGGCGAGCGGCUGCAACCAAAGCCAGUCAUCCUCCGCGGACCCUCUGCUGACAUGCAGUCCUCCUACAUGAUGCGUGACCUCAACAGCUCUGUUGACAUGCAGCCCUAUAUGAUGCGAGGCAUGAAUAGCUCCAUGGAUGUGACCCGCUUGCCGUCGCCCACCAAGGAGAAGGGCUCCAAGGACAUGUUCUUUGUGGCUCGGCCCCCACUGGCCCGCUCCUCCCCCGCCUACUGCACCAGCAGCUCGGACAUCACGGAGCCCGACCAGAAGGUGCUGAGCGUCAACAAGAGCGUCUCCAUGCUGGAUCUGCAGGACAGCCGCAUGAACAGCAUCUCCAACCUGCACAGCGUGGGCGACAUGCUCAACAGCAGCCAGGCCUCCAUCACGGCGGGCCUGGGGCUGCGGCCCAGUCGCCUCUCGCAAGGCAGCGGCUCCAGCAUAGCGGCCGGCCUGCGGCUUAGCCAGAUGGGCGUCACCACGGAUGGGGGCGGUGGAGGCGGGGGCACCUCCUCUGCCCAGCAGCUCAGGAUCCCCCUCUCCUUCCAGAACCCCCUCUUCCACAUGGCCUCCGACGGCCCGGCCGCCGGCCCCCUGCACUCCCACCCACACCGGCCCACCGAGGGCAACCCUGACACCUUUGCCCCCUUCCACGGCUACAGCAAGAGCGAGGACCUCUCCACCAGCAAGCACAUCAUCCACAGCCACAGCUACAGCGACGAGUUCACCCGCCAGGGCUCCGAGUUCACCAAGCGCCAGCUCUCGCUUCAGGAGAACCUGCAGAACAUGCUGUCCCCGCCCCAGAUCACCAUCGGGCCCCAGCCCCAGCGCCCCGCCCCGCAGCCGCCGCCGCCCGUCCAGCGAGGGAAGUCCCAGCAGCUCACGGUCUCCGCAGCCCAGAAGCCCCGGCCUUCCAGCGGCAAUCUGCUGCAGCCGGAGCCUGCCUAUGGCCCGCCUCGCACUCGCCAGCAGUCGGUCACCAAGGAGACCCCCUCUGCCCUCAAGCCAUCCAUUACCAAGCAGCCCUCACAUGCGCCUUCUACGCUGAACCCUGUCAUGCCAGCAUCAGAGCGGACGGUCGCCUGGGUCUCCAACAUGCCUCACCUCUCGGCCGACAUUGAGAGCUCCCACAUAGAGCGGGAAGAGUACAAGCUGAAGGAGUACUCCAAGUCUAUGGACGAGAGUCGGCUGGACCGGGUGAAGGAGUACGAGGAGGAAAUCCACUCCCUGAAAGAGCGCCUCCACAUGUCCAACCGGAAGCUGGAAGAGUACGAGCGCCGCCUGCUGACUCAAGAGGAGCAGACGAGCAAAAUCCUGCAGCAAUACCAGCAGCGGCUGGAGCAGAGUGAGAAACGGCUCCGGCAGCAGCAGGUGGAGAAGGACUCUCAGAUCAAGAGCAUCAUCGGCAGGUUGAUGCUGGUGGAGGAGGAGCUGCGCAGGGAUCACUCGGCCGCCCUCGACGCCUCCGAAACGCGGAAACGACUGCUCGACGCUCAGGAGAGGCAGCUUUCCGCCGUGGGUGCAGCAAACCCGCGUCUGAGCGUCGCUAUGGCCCAGCCCUGGAACGGGAUCCUACCCGCGCAACCGCCUCCGCCCCCGCGACUCCAGAUCACGGAAAAUGGAGAGUUUCGCAACACCGCGUCUGAGCACUAGCGACCGCCCCCCUGCCUCACCCCACUCCCCCCAGCAAGAGGGUGCCGUGGGGUGUGGUGGGGGGGGGGCUGGUCCAGAAGGAGCCACGCGCAGGGGCCGGGGAAGGGUCCGGAUGCAUUUUCAGGGUGUUUUUUAGCAGGACACAGAUGACAAUCUUAACCCGUUCAUUCCCACGCCUGACCCAGUGCUGGAGCACCUUCUUCCCCUCUCCGAAGCACACUCGGGGGCCUCCUUCCUUCCUCCCCAAAUAUUUCUCAGGAGUGGCAUCCCCUCCCCCCCCCACCAAGGCAGCCAUGACACUUUUUGAGGCAGCAGGAGGGGGCCCAGCCCUGCCUUCCCCCCCUUUUACCCCGCAACCCUCCUUGCGGCUGCUGCUGGGAAGAAAAGCUUUGCCUCCAGGGGCAGGCUGGUCCCCGUUCCCUUGGGAUGUGCUAGCUUCAGGCAGCUGCCAUGAAAGGUUAGGGGCUGGCCCUCCCCUCCAUCCCCACCCCAGGCCUGGCCUGCCCUUCCUUGCCCCCCGUUGCCCGUGGGGGGGGGUUGGAUCAGACGGGGGAGGCUUCUUGCAGCCCGGGCCUGAUGCAGCCCCGGCACGGCAAAGCUGUGUCCCCACCAUGCUCCUUCCCCUCAUUCUGCGCUCUCUACUAUCCUCUGACAAAGGGCUUUGCCUGCUGUGUACAGUGCCCCCCCUGCCCCCGCCGCCCAUUUCUUUCUGGAUAUGAUUCUGGAUUCUGAUUCUAUAUAGACAUAAUUCUGUUUCCCUCCGUGGGGGCGGGGCAGGGCAGGGCAGGGGGAUCCACACUUUUGCUCUUUCGUUUUCCUUCCUGUUCUCAAGCUGCCCCCAGCCUCAGCCUCGGUUUCUGGGGAGGGGCUGUCAAACUAUCUCAAAGAAGCCAUUUUAGAACUGCCCGGCCGCAGGGCGCUCAGGGCAGGGUGGGGUGUGGGGGGGGGGCCUGCCCCACGCCUGCCAGAGAGAAGCAAAGGGAAAGGGGACUGACCCCCCCCCACUCGUGUGGUGCUCGCUCGCCGUCCGUCCGUCCGUCCGUCGUGCUUUGGUUCCUGAGCUCCAGCUGGGUGAAAGUGUUGGGCGCUGUGGUGAUCUCUUGUGGCUGUUCUUUCUUGCUAUUUCUGGUGCAUCUUCUCCCCCACCCCCCUUCUCUCUGUCUGCUUCCCACUGGCCAUUUUUGCCCUCUCUGACCCAGAUUACUUUAGUAAGGUCUCUUCUGCUCUCGCUCCCCCCUUUCUUCCCCCCCCUUCCCUUUCACUCCCCCACCCUGGACAGUGACGGUGGCUCAGGCGGGCACCGUAGAUAUUUAUACGUAUUAUUAUGAUGCUGAAUUAUUAUUAUUACUAUUAUUAUUACUAUUAUAUAAAAGUUUGUACAUAUGUGAAAUCCCUUGACCACCGGCUCUCCCCCCCCCCCGAGUCUUGCCCCCUCCCCGCUGCCUGCUCCCGUGGACCACCCCAGGUGUAAGUACCGCGGGAUUUGUACUGUACAUAAGAAAAACUGUCUGGACCUCAAUCUGCUGUACAUAUUUCCUACCUUCUAAAGGGAGUUCAGGUUGUGAGCGUCCUGGGCCACAACACCACUUUGGGCCCCCCUCACAAACGUGCUCUCGCUCUCGCUCUCAAGCUCUCGAGUUUAUUUUAUGUCAAAUUUAUUUUUUCUCAUUUUUUCUGGAGUGUGUGGU